AUGAGUAAAGAAGACCAAGAAUCGUUGAGACAAGAAAAUAAGUCGUCGCAUGAUGAAAGUCAAUCGAAGGAUUUUGAAAAAGAAGAAAAAUCCUUGUUUAAUGCGAAUGAAUUAAAAGAUGGUCAACAGGAAUAUAAGUGCCUACUUAUUGUAAACGAAUCCAAGGAGGCUAAGCUCACUCUUUACAUUUAUCCUGUUUGGUCUCUAUUCUGCAAGGUUUCCGAGAGCUCAAAAAUAAUCCAGCCGAACGAAAGAGUUCUUCAUCGCAAGGAAACAGGAUUUAAGUUUGAGAUCGUUGCUAAUUUUGGGGGCAAACGAGAGACAAAGAAACUUUUAGGACCUUUAAAAUGGGUUGAAGAUAAAUUAAUCAAGGUCACUGAAGCACUGGAUUGUACCCAGGAAAACCUUGCCAAUUUCCCAGAAGAGAAACGAGUAUGCCUUCGAAAAAUAUACAGAAGAAAAGAGCUCAAGACUACAUGCGGUGGGUUAAACCUGUAUGAAAUUUUAGGAUUAAACAUGAAAGAAAAUCGCAAGAAAAAUAUUGAUGACCAGAAAGCUGCCAUUAAGAAGGCAUUCCGUGAAAAAAUGAGAAUUUGGCAUCCUGACAAAAACUUUGGCGACCAUGAGAUUGCAAUGCAGAUUAUCGUGGCGAGGGAGACUUUGCUUGAUGAUGAAAGACGAGCUCGCUAUCACAAUGAAGCCGAUUACGAUGCAGGAUGGUUGUCUCUAAGACGCUUCAAAGCAAUUUUUUGGCCAGAGUGUUUUACCGACAAACAAAAUGAAGUCUACUGGCGUAGAAUUGGCUUGCUUACUCUAUCGUUGGGGAUCACUGUUGGCGGGAUCGUCUUAACUGCUUGCACUGCUGGAGCUGCCGCACCGCCGACAGUGGUGUUUGGAGCUAUAUUUGGAUCCGGGUUUAUCGGAGGUGGGAUACAAUCUUUCAUGCACGCUGUUAAUAAAGAAUCCAUAGUAGACGAGUGUGACGUCAAAUCAUGGUUAUUAAAGUUAGGGAUCGGGUUUGCAGGUGGUGCAAUUACUGGCGGUGUUGCUGUAGGCAUUACGGCAGGAGUGGUCGGCAUUGGAAAAGUUGCGUUAGAAUCGGGUACCAUUGCAGCUGGUCAGUUCCUUGGAGUUGGCGCGGGAACUGGUGCUGUUGGGGGCGUUGCGUCAUCUCUUGCUUCAGAUGCUGGGAGAGCGUUUGUAGAUGGAGAAAAUAUCACAGCGAAACAGGCAUUGCUUCGUGCAGGAUGUUCAGGUGUGAUAGGAGCUGGUGCCGGAGCUUUAGGAGGUCUAGCUACCCAAGGUAUUGUCAGUCGUCAAGCAUCUGCAGCCACCGCCACUCUUCAGGGAGAUAUAGGAGAGCAGGUUGUUGUGCUCACGGGAGCUAGACGUCUCGGUAAUACUUUAGCACGGGAGGUCUCUCGACAGUUAGCUGAGUCUGGAACAGAGGCGAUAAUGGGGACGGCGACCCAAUUUGUCGAAGAACGCUUAGAUGAUUCAGUGGAAAAUCAACACCCCAUGGAGCAUGUCGUGCGCGGCGUUAAGAAUGUAGCUAUUAAUGCUGUGAAAGGAACUGCCGUGCAAGGAGCUGGAACUCUUGUCUCUCAUGGGAUCAACGAAGUCAAAGUUAAGAGACAAGUGAGGCAUACUGCUGAAUGUAAUAAAACAGUAAUUCGUCGCAAGGCUAGAUAUGACUUGUCUUUAGAAAACAACGAACAUCGGGCCAACUGGAAAUCGGUAAAAGGAUCAUCUAGUUACGAGCCAAUCUGUCAACCAACUAACGUGAGUACGAAUCAACCGGACGACGAUGAAUCACAAGCAACAACGCCGACAAGUGACGAAGGAGAAGCAGAUGAACCACAAGAGGGAACGAUCAAGUAUAUAUCCGAAGGAGCCUGGCUCUCCAAAAUGAUUAUCACCUAUUCUUUAAAUGGUGAAGAAAGCGAAGCAGUAGAGAGUGACAGUGAUUCGAUAGUUAAAAUUCCCGCAGGCGCAACCCAAAUUGAAGUCAAAUUUAAAGUUUCCCGUCCAUCGUGGGGUGACAUCAUGAAGUAUGAUCGUUUUGAAAAGACCUGGUGUAAACCUGACGAGCCGCACGUCUUCCGAUACGAGAAACCACCAAUUCGUACGUUCACUGUAAGUGGUGGUUUGUGGUGGGAAGCAGUCAUGAGAGUCAGUGAUGAAUAUCACGAGGAAACAAGGGAAAUGAGUUAG